CGAGUCGCGAGCGUCUUUUGCAGCGCAUGCGCGACGUGUUCGUUAAACUCCAAUUGGAAUCGGUUCCGCUCGGUCUUAUAUCGAUACUAUACCAUUUAACCUUACAUAUUGAUAUGCCCGCCAAGCGCAUAAAUGGUUACUAUGUGCCGCGUUUGAAACGUGUUUGAAAUUCGCAAAACAAAACAGAAAACAAAAUAAAUAAAUAGAACAGCAAAAGUGUUAACAACCAAAAAAGAAAGAAAAAAGAAAAUAAAGCAGCCAAAAUUAAUACAAACUAAAAGCAUGCGGGAACGCAGUCAAACAACUCCACGGAGACGUCGAGCGGGUCCCAAACAGGCAUUACCCGUGGUGGAAUCACCCUACAACAUAGACAACACCGAGGAUAUUUAUGGCACAACGCUUCUGCCCUCGCAGCGUUGCUAUGUGGAUCCCUGGGAUCUGGAGAAUUACGAUUAUGUGCGCAAGAAAAUGGACAACGAUGUCAUGGCUCCAAGCGUCUUGCCCGACUAUGAAACGGCUUUGGAUUACGAGCAGGCUUCACAGUCGCCGAGUCCAACGGCUGCGCCGGCUUAUGGCUAUGCCAACGGCCUGACCAUGGCCUCCACCAUGCCACGCCCCCACACGAGACGCCUGUCGCGCAACCAAUGCCAGCUGGAGUGCUGUCGUCUGCCCAGUCGCAGUCGCAAUCGCAGCAGCCGCAAGGAGCCGCUUUAUGCGGCACGCAGUGAACUCUAUGGGGCAGCAACGAGUCGCUAUGAUGACUACAUGGCCACCAUGACCAGGCAGCUGCAUCUGGACGAUGAUUAUCAGCAGGAGCAGGAGCUGUAUGCGGAGCAGCGACAGCUUUACAAUGGCUAUGGGGGCAUCUCCAGUGCCAGUUCCACCGAGCAGCACUCGUCGAUUGGUGGCGAUGAGAUGCCCUCAAUGCCGCUGCCACGACGAGCGGCCACCUUGCAACGCCGUCCCGUGCCCAGUCAGUGCAAGGAGACUGGGAACAGUUAUGGCCUGUCUGGUUAUGGCACAGCUCCGCAUCCGCGACGCAGGCGAAGUGGCGCUGCGACGUCGACAAGUCAAAUGAAAUCGUUGACAGCAGCGCAUGCACCACAAAUUGAUUUUCCCGCACCACCGCCACUGUCGCCCGCCUACGACUAUUGCAAUCCCUAUGCUACAAUGCCGUAUUGCAGCCUUCCGGAUUGCGCCGAGUGCCAACAGCAGGCGACAUCCCUCAUCUAUGCCGCACCAUCGACGCUCUAUGGCACCUUGGCCGGCGGACGAGCUGCCACCCAAUGCGAUUCGCCAAGUGACUCAUCGCUCUACGCCGGAAUUUAUGCCCGUAAAUUUGGCUUGAGCAAGAAGGGUCUGCUGCAAAUUGACUACUCCUGCAGCUGGAAUGACUUGGACCGUGUCAUGGGUCGUCAUUACUGAGCGACUACUGUACUCUGCUCUGGGUCUUGGGUUUGGUUUAGUCUCUAGUUAAACUAUUCUUAGUUAAGAUCAAAGAUCAGCUUAAAAUCCCCACUUAAGUCAUAAACAUAUCGCUCAAAUACACACACACACACACUCACCUACACACAACAACUUCGUACCAAAUAAUACAAUUUUUUAUUAAUUCUAGUAUCAUUAUUUUAGUCUGUAUUGCAAAGAUUCUUUGAAAUUAAUCAAAUAAAAUUUAAAAUUUUAUAUAAAAAUUGA